UUUCUUUCUUUCAUACUUUCAUAUUGCAACUAGUACAUUCUCCGAUCAGAAUUUUACCCUUACGAUGAACGCUGCGGAAGGCUUCUCUUCAGGAUACCGUUUCAUGCCGCUAUCGAUCAGAGACUACAAUUACUCACAAAGUCGAAUAAAAAUGACAACAAUCCUACGACCAGAAUAUACCUCCUACCGGCAACUUCUUCGAAGAUUAGCCGAAGAAUAUACCUUAUUAAAGAGGGAUGCAAACAAUCUAACGCUGUUGCGUUGGAUAGAUUCCAACAGUUCAUUUUCAUCUCCGCCCAUCAACAAUGAACUGACUUGGAACAAGUGCUUCGCGUUUGUUACGCCUUAUUUUGCAGAAGCGAAACAGAUGAUACUCCUUCCGGUCGCAUCGCAUCAAAUUGGUACUAUACGAUCUUGUCGAAUACUUUUCGGUAGUGUGUUAAACAUACACUUCUGCAGCAUAUGUGCGAAUAAUGAGCCUGGGGGUUUUCUAUUUCCUGAACGAGGCAUGGGCGUCAGGCCAUAAUACCUGCAGGCUUGAAGAUUGGUAAAGAACAUACAGGAAAAUUUCGUGACUUGGCUAAGCAAGAUAUGAUCAUAGCAUAUGAAGCGUGGCGGUCUGCCACGCUUCAUCGCCAGAAGCUCUUUCGAAAAUCCUACCGUAAUCAGCCAUUCAAAGAAGAUAAAUGGGAAACGAUUUUCGGCUUAGAUAAGUUUGUCCAAAGCGGUUGCGAUACUCUCAAGCGGAAACAAGUAAUGACAAUGACUGAUAUACCUUGAAAACCAACUAUCCUGGUCCUUUUCUGCGAUAAAAAACAAAACAGCUGGUUUCAUUGUCAUAGCCCUUUUUCUGUUAGCCAAUCAGGUAACGUUUAUCCUUUUCGGCAUUGCAUCGUAAUCAUUGUCUAACACUGUUGCUCAGGAGAUAAUACUCAAAAAUU